CAGGAGUCUCGAACGAACCCAAACACAUCACACUAUAUACGCUUUAUAUAGGUUGAUACAUAUUUAUUUCGCGUCUUCGCAAUAUCGCAUUCGUUUUUUGUUUUACAUUCAAUUAAUCAAUCAACCUUGAAUGAAAUGUAUUGGAUUUCUUGUUAAAGCCGAUCAAAUAAUGGAAAUCAUAACAGCCCAUCGAUUACAGAAAUAUAAUUUUUCAAUAUUUGAUGGAUGUACUUUUCAAUCAAAAAAUAUUACGCUUAAAGAUUAAAAAUAGCGUAUCCAUAAUAAUUGUGAUACACUAUGUUUCCAAAUCCGUGGGCGACUUCAGUUCCACCACCGGCUCCCAAGUCGAUGGUCAACAGCUUUGAAAAUAAUGCACCACACUUUCCAUUCUAUGUUACUCAGAACCCCGUACAAAAUAUAUCAAUGGCUCAGUCACUUCAACCAAAUGCUAUUGAUCCCGCUAUGGUCCAAAAAUGGCAAGAAUGGAAACAGUGGGAACUAUGGCAACAGCAAUUCCAACAAUGGCAACAACAGACAGGACAAAUUACUACUACAACACCACAACCAGCACCUCCAUUGCCCCCAGGUCAACCCUCAUUAUCAUCAUCACAACACCCUACAAUUCCAUUUCAAAAUCAACAAUAUUCUUAUAACCAACCAACAGUAGGACCAUCUCUUCCUCAACUAAUUAAUCAACCUCAACAAAUCACUACUAAAACUGAAGUAGGGAUAAAACGAGGACUAGAGCCUGAAUAUCAAAAUAAUGAAAAAAAGUUAAAAAUUGAUACUGCCAAUAAAAAAGAAAUUGAAUUAAAUGAUGAAACUGAAGCAUUAUUCGAAGAGCAGUUUAAGUCAUGGGAAGAACAAUUUCUUAAAUGGAAAGAACAAAACAAGAAUCAUCCAGAUAAAGUUCAGUAUAUAGAAUAUGAAAAAAAAUGGUUAAAUUGGCGUGAUCAUUUAAAACAGAAGUGUGAAAUUCUAAAGAAAAAAAGAGAAAUGAAAAUGGCUGAAAAAAAAAAAGAAACAAUUCAAAUUGAAGAAGAUAAACUACAAUCUCAACAAAAAUCUACUUGCAAUCAAACAAUGUUAAAUGUUCCUAUAUUAACAAAUGAACCAUCUUCAACUUUUCAGCAAUUGCAUAAUAAUUCUAUGGUUCCACCAACUUCAAUAAAUCAAAUACCUGGAUUGGAUCUAGUUAGCAAUAAUGAAAAUGUAACUCGAGGAUUUCUAAAUGUAUCAAACAUUCUUCCACAAAAUCAAAAUGGACCAAUUCAAACACCAGAUGACAAACCUUUUAAUUUUCCCAAAAGUAUUACAAAUCCUACAACAAUAAAUCCACAUUCAGUUAAUAUACCUCAUGGUAACAUAAAUCAACCAUCUACUUCUAUGUAUCAAAAUUCUAACAGCUGGUCUAAAUAUAACAACCCUGUAAUUUAUUACAAUCAAAAACCAUCAGAUGUUGAUAAUACAUCAAUACCUAAAUUUGGUCAACAAACUGAAACUAGUUCUAGGUUACCAUAUGAUGGAGAUAUGUCCAAUACAACAUAUAAUAACUCACAAAAUGCUUCUAAUAUGGACUAUAGAAGAUCAUUGGAAGGAUCUUAUAAUAAAUCAUCAAAUGACAGUCCAUCUUUCAAUAAACCUCAAGAUGUUCAACCAUUUAAUAGAAAUUUUAAUGCAUCAUCUAGCAACUAUCGUGAUUAUAAUCAACCUAAUUCAAACAUUUCACAUUUUAACAAUUUCAAUAGACCAUCUGAAAAGUCUAAUACUUCUUAUCAACAGCCAUUGCCAUCUUUAAUGAAUACAACUACUUCAAAACCACCAUCCUUGUUAAGUUUAAAUUUGGUUAAACCUGUUUCACUUGAUAAAGUUGGAAGUUAUUCUGAGAGUAAGAAUGUUGCACCAAAUAGGUAUGACAGAAACUGGAAUAAUGGUGAUGAUGAAGAUGAUCCAGAAAAUGAAUAUAUGGAAGCACAUAAAAAAUUUAGUUCAGAACAUUUUGAUGAUCAAAAUGAUGACAAGUUUUCUAAUAAUAUACAGCAUAGAAAUGUUUACAAUGAAAAUAAAUAUUCUAGAGGGCAACAAGGCGCAAGAAACUUUAAUGAUGAUUAUUUAAGAUCUUUUAAUCAAUCAAGAGGAUCCCAAUUUAUGAGAAAUUCAGAUAGUGAAUAUCUUAGAAAUAACUCUCAAUUCUCUAGAAAUAAUAAUCAAAGUUAUCCUCGUGAAUUGCCAACAUCAAAAAUUAAUGAAAAUAAUUAUUAUAAACCUCCAAAUAAUAAAUGUAUGGACCAAGGAUUUCCUAGAGAAGCACCAUUUUCAAAAGACAUUGAUAAAGAUUAUUCUAAUAAAUCAACUUUUAAUAAAAAUAACUAUGCAUCACAAAAAGGAAAUUAUGGACCUUCCCCCUUAAGAGGAAAUUAUGAUUUGCCUAGAGGCAAUUUUGGAAAUUAUACAGAUAGAACAAAUAUGGAAUGGGAUAAAAACUACACCAAAAAUGAAGAACUUCAACAGCCAAUUCAAAAUAUCAUAGAUCAGCCUCAAGUCAUUAAAAAAUCAUUUGAAGAAGUUCUACCAAUAGAUCCAGUAAAAAUAUUUGACUAUCGACAUUUACCUUCUUUAAAAGUUAUUCCAGGGUUGUCAAAGGAAACUGUAAUUCCUAUCAGAGUUUAUGAUUAUAAACAUGGAGGUAAACGCAUAUUACCUUGGCAAGAUAGAGGUUUUAGUAGAAGAAAUAUGAAUCAAACAAGAGAUUUAAAUGACAAAGAUGAGAUUAUUCAAAAUGAAAAUUAUGAUUCAAACUUAAGCGGAAAAAUACUGAACAAAAUCCCAACAUUUAACUUAAAUGAAACCUCAUCAGAAGAAAAAAGUCAUAAUGUUUUUGAUGCAAUUAUCAAUGAUAACUUCUAUGAAAAUAAAGAAAAUAAAGAAGAAAAAAAAUCUAAUACAAUAGAAACUACAGUUAUUGAUAAUGAUGAAGAGAAAGAAGAAACUCUAAAACCAGUAAAUGAAGUUAAUAAUAUGUGUGCACCAUCUCCGCCAAGGAUGUCCAUAAAUAAUGAAGUUGAAAAACCAUCUAAUCGAAAGUUAUUAACCAUUGAUACAUUAUUAUGCCCACCUGGUCGGCUUAAUAGACCAUCCAAAAUUGUUAUAAUACUCCGAGGUUUACCUGGCUCUGGAAAAUCUUAUGUUGCAAAAUUAAUUAAAGAAAAAGAAGUUGCAAUGGGAGGACAAGCCCCAAGGAUUUUAUCUUUAGAUGAUUAUUUUAUGACUGAAGUAACUAAAACUGAAAUUGAUCCUGAAACAAAUAAAAAAGUAGAAAAAAAGGUAAUGGAAUAUGAAUAUGAUUCUGCCGCUGAAAGUUCAUACCGAACUUCUUUUAUAAAAGCUUUUAAAAAAAAAAUGUUGGAAAAUUAUUUUUCAUUUUAUAUAAUUGAUGCCAUUAAUAAUAAAGUGGCAUAUUAUAAAGAAAUUCUAGAUAUUUCUAGAGCCAAUGGAUUUACAAUCUAUAUAAUUGAAUUAGAAUGUGAUGUGGAUUUGUGUAUCAAACGUAAUAUUCAUAAUAGAACAGCAUAUGAUAUUAAUAGCAUUAUGAAAUCUUGGGUUAAAACACCGGAUGAUCAAAUAUUAUUGGAUAUUCAGUCUUUACUCCAUUCAUCUACAAGAAGCGAAGUGGAAAUGGAGGAUGUAUCUGAUAUUGAAAUGGAAUUGGAUAAAGAUGAAGAAACUGUUGAUAACAGUGAUUCUGCAGAAAAUAAAAAUGUUGACUUUGAAGAAGAGGACGUUAUGAAAUUGUUAUCUUGCAAAUGGACUGAUACUAUUCCACAAGAAGAAAAGAUGAAAAGAUUGGAUGGUCUGUGUAAGAAAAAAACAGAAAACUCAAUAAAAGAAUGGUUACAAAUACCUGAAGAUGAUUACUCUAUGAGUGAACAACAAGAUGUUGUCAAAGAUGGAAAAAAAAGGGUUCGUUGGGCUGAUAUGGAAGAACGACGUGAGCAAGAAAAAAUGCGUGCGAUAGGUUUUGUAGUUGGGCAAACUGAUUGGGAUCGUAUGUUAGGUCGGGAUCAAGGUGAAAGCAAGCUGACUCAAACUAAAUAUAUUUGACCAUUUAA